CUUGUUUCCUUUUUUUGUAGUCACUUUUUAUUUUACUCAUUCAUACAUAAAUAUUACGCAUCUUCAUUAUUCAAAACAUAUGCUGCCAUCAAAGAACCGGCUGCAGGCCAAGCAAAAGAUCCUUAACCCACGCUCGGUCGCACUGUCAUCUGAGCCAGUGUUGCAUAAAAACAAGGAAGGGGACAAAACCAGCAACAAGCAGCAAGCGGCCAAAGAGCAAACAAGCACAGCGACAACGACAACAUCGAAGCUGAUAACAGCCGCUCCAGCUCCGUUCAGCUGGACAGCAGUGAGCAGCGAACCAGCAGCAUCAUCAGUUGCAUCAGCGGCAGCAACAUCCGCCAGCACUACCGCUACCACUGGAGAGCAGUACACAUACGUUACUGAUGAGAGCGGAUACACGUGGCUUUACGACACGAUCUACGGGCAGUACUACUACUACGAUGCCGCGCAAGGAACGUAUAUUCCCUAUGGACAACCAGUAACCACUGCCGCUGCUGCUACUGGCUCCGAGCAGUCCAAUGCGAAUGACAACGACAACGGCAAUGGCGAUGGCAAGGAGGGUAAAGACGGCAAGAGCAAUAAGAAGCGGCGAAUAGUGCGUAUGGCCGGCGGACAAGUAUGGGAGGACGCAACGUUGGACAAAUGGCCAACCGACGACUACCGGCUAUUUGCCGGUGAUCUGGGCCCAGAGAUGACUAGCGAAAUGCUCCAGCAGGUAUUUGGCAAGUUCGAAAGCCUUCAGCGCACUCAUGUGGUGCGGGACAAAAAGACGGAUAAGAGCCGCGGGUACGGGUUUUUGAGCUUUGGCAAUGCUGAUGAUUUCCUCAAAGCGUGGAGGGAGUUUAACGGCAAGUAUGUGGGCAGCAGACCGAUUACGCUGCGGAAAAGCAACUGGAAGGACCGCAAUGCUGAUAUUCGCAAGGUCAAGAGACAGGAUAAGCGUGCGUUUUUGGAGUUUAAGCACAAGAAAAAAUAAAUACAAAAAAUAAGA